AUGUUUUCGGAUUCACUGCGUGCUCAUAUAUCGGCACUCGAAGCGUUAAAGCAACGACCAACCGAUUGGGGUCCGCUACUAAUACACAUAAUAUGUUCAAAAUUAGACUCAAACACGCUCACUGAAUGGGAGGUGAAAUCGCCAAAAACCGAAAUUCCAAAGAUCGAAGAUCUAAUGAUAUUUUUAAACGAUCGUGCACAGAUUCUAGAAGCAGUAGAAUCGUCGAAAAAUUUUAUAAAUAAUAUAAAUACUAUAUCGACAUCGGAAAUUAAAGACAAAGUUAAUCGAAAAAAUAGUCACAAUAAAACUCGCACAACUUCUAUGGCGUUCACAACCACCACCGAAGUAAGCUGUUUUAUAUGUAACUUAAAACAUACUAUUUACAAAUGUCCCACGUUUUUGGCACUAUCAAUAAACGAUCGUAUUAAAAAGGUUAAUGAAAUUGAAUUGUGUAAAUUAUGUUUACGUAAACAUGAUUCAAAAAAAAGGUGUUUAUCCCGAAAUUGUUUCAAAUGCGGAAAAACACAUAAUACAUUACUACAUAUUGUCCAACAUAAAAUUAAUAAUAAUGCGAGAUCGACAACGGAAGAAAAAUCAAAUCCCUCUUCAACUCAAAUCGACGGAAAUUCCACGAUAAGCGCGCAUUCGCAUGACAAAAACCACGAACAGGUACUUUUAUCGACAGCGAUCGUACGAGCAUUUGGCGAAAAUAAAAGUUCAUCAUUAUGUCGUGCUUUAUUAGAUUCCAGUUCACAAAGUAAUUUCAUUACUGAAGAAUUGGUACAAUGCUUAAAAUUAAAAAGAACGAAAACUAAUCAUCAAAUUAGUGGUAUCGGAACAACAGUACAGCAUGCCCAUUCGUACGUUAUCGCUCAAAUGAAAUCAAAAUUUAACGACUAUAGUUUUACCUUAAAAAUAUUAGUAGUGCCGAAGAUUACGAACGAUAUACCGGCGAAACACAUAUAUAAUACAGGUCAAGUACCGCAGAACGUAAGUUUAGCUGACCCACUAUUCUGGUCUCCACAGAAAGUUGAUUUAUUAAUAGGCGCGACACAUUUCUACGAUUUAAUGGGUGAACGUCGAAUUAAACCUGCACCAAACGGUCCAAUAUUUCAAGAGACAAAGCUCGGAUGGGUAGUAUCGGGGCCUAUACAAAUGUACAAUCAUAAGGUUGAACCGUUAAGUAACAGUAUCUGUCACACUGCGUUGACACAUACCGACUUGACAUUAGAAAAUAUGUUACCACGAUUUUAA